AUGUCCAGUGUACCGCGAGAACGGCUUCUUGCAUUUGUUGGCUAUGGGUCCAUCCUUGGCGCCUGGUCUUCAGCCAGCCUGUUGAUUUUGGACUGGGAUCGUCCAUGGCAAGCGUGGCCCUAUCCUUGCUUGAUGGGCACCCUGGGUGGGGCUGUUAUCGGUUUGCUGCUCAGCAUGUUCUAUCCACUGAUACGUCGCGUUUGGUCCAAUUCACAGUGUCCUGCCUGGUGCCCUCCAAUGUCUCAGUAUGCCAUAAACGAGGCACAUUUCAAAGUUCGAGUAAACUGA